AUGGGAAUUAAAGGCAUUCUCAGCAAAACGUCCCUUGCGAACUAUGGCCGACAGAUCAAGAACGCGCCGCGCGAAGUCAUCUUCAGCCGGACCUUGAUCCUGUCGUCCAUGAUGUAUGCUUCGGCUGCUGUCACUCUGACAUGGGACCAAGGAAUGGGGUCAACUGUUCCCUCCCUCCCAGGCUUCCAGAACCACUUUGGCAUCAGUUCUGGGUCCGACGCCGGUGCUAUCAAGAACUUCGUCUCCCUCGUUUACCUCGGUGACGCCGCCGGAGCUGCUCUGUCAUUCUUCAUCAAUGACCGCAUCGGUCGUCUGUGGUCCUUUCGUGUAUACUGCUGUGUAUGGUUCAUCGGACAGAUCGUCGCCAUCUCGGCACCCAACGUAGCAGGGCUAUACGCAUCUCGCAUAGUCUCAGGCCUUGGAAUCGGUGCUCUCAGCGUCACCAGCAUCAUGUCCAUAGUCGAGAUAGCACCCGCCGAGAUCCGCGGCCUCCUCGCAGCCUGGUUCUCGGUUGGGAUGGGCAUCGGGCUUAUGGUGGCUGACUUCUGCGUCUACGGCAUCCAGCUGCACAUCGCCCCGAGCAGACUCCAAUACCAGGUCGUCUGGUUCGCACCCUGCAUCUUCAUGUUCUUCUGGUGUAUAGCCAGUUUCUUCCUCUGCGAGUCCCCACGCUGGCUCCUCCUCUGCGAUCGCCAUGACGAAGCCCUGGUAGCCCUCAUCCACCUUCGACGCCUCCCAGCCACCCAUCCUCGCGUGCAGCAAGAACUCCAAGCCAUGACCGAGGCCAUCCGCUCAGAAACAGAGAUCGAAUCCUCCGCUGUAGACGACAACUCCCCCUCAAAGAUCGUCAGCAUCGCCAAAGAAGUCUUCACCGUCCCCGCCAACAUCCGCCGUCUGCAGCAGGCAUUAAUACUAUACGUCUUCCCCCAGCUCUCAGGCGGGAACUCCAUCACAAACUACUUCAUCCCUGUACUUGAGAUUGUAGGUGUCGAGGGGGACUCAACAUACCACCUCUUCCUUACCUGCAUGUACGCGCUCUCCAAGUUCUUCUUCAGCCUCUUCGCGUCGUUCUUCUUCAUCGACGUCCUCGGCCGCAGAAACUCCCUCUUCAUCGGCAUCUCCCUCCAAAUGCUCUCAGAUAUCUAUAUCGGCGUGUACACCAAGGUCGAGAACGACAGUGGCGCUCCCCGCUCUGCAGGCGAGGCUGCUCUGGCUGCUAUAUUCCUGCACGCUUUGGGCUACUCAAUCGGCCUCCUAACCCUCCCCUACGUCUUCGGCGGCGAACUCUGGCCAAACCGCAUCCGGUCCUUCGGGGCAGCCCUAACGCAGACCUUCCACUGGCUGUUCCACUACGCCAUGACGUACGCGCUGCCCUCGCUGCUGGCGAAGACGAAUAACUGGGGCGCGUUUAUCUUCUUUGCGGCGUGGUGCGGGGUUGCCAUUUUAUAUGUUUUCUUGCUUGUGCCCGAGAUGGCGGGGUAUACGGUUGAGGAGAUUGAUCAGUUGUUUACUGGGCCUUGGAGGGUUGCAGGGGUUAGGGGGUUGAAAGGGAAUAGAAAUAGCAAUAAGGGUGGGGAUGGGGAUGGGGAGGAGGUUAUUGAGGGGAGGGAUUUGGAGAGGAUUAAGAGCAAAACCCUUGAGAAAGAUGCAAAGAAGCUAGAUCGGUCAUGA